AUGGCCGAAACCAAUAACCUUGAGCAACCCGCCAAGGUCUUUACAUCUGCCGAUCGCAUCCGCCAAUUGAACGAAAUCGACCAAGAUGUCGCCAAACUAAUCCACUCGGCCGGACUCGCAAUACAAGCGCUUACGAACGCCAGAACCAACGAUCCCUCCUCACCAUCCACCGACAACUCGCUCGACUCACAUAAAGCUCGAUUCAAGGAAGCUACGUCACAGUACUUCGCGCUUCUCUCGUCAAUCGAUGUCCGGCUACGUCGUCAGGUCUACGCUUUGGAGGAGGCUUCGAUACUUGCACCAGACUUGUCUUCUAGAGCUGGUGAUACUGGUUCGGGGGCGGCUGCGGGCACCUCGAACCCGUUAGAUGUUAGCUGGCUGAACAGCAGGAAGGAUACCGUGGGCAAGGAGAAGGAGGCGGAGCUAUGGGCGGCUGCGAGACAGUUUGUUCAGCGGAUCAACCAGGCGUCUCCUGGCGACGAGGCUAAAGUGAAGACGGAAGGUGGUCAGGAGAGCAUGCAGGUGGACUGA